AUGGCGGAUUUGCUCCACGGCCUCAUCCAUGACACAGACAGCGGUGGGUCGCUCCCUGCUGAGGAGAACGAUCAGGUCAGGCUCCACGACUUCCUGAUUGCUCGGGCAGCGCGCGGGAGCCGGUAUCCCUUUGUGCUGGAUACGCAGUGUUCCGUGUUCCAGUGUAUGUACGAGGAGCAGCCGCAGUGGGAUGUGACUUGCGACAGCGACACCUCUCCUCCAAAGCCGCGGAUAGAGAACCGACAGACACUUCAGAGGCCAGUUGUUGCCCAUGGGAACGGCCACACCGGGCGUUGGUUCCUCUCUGCUUUGUACAGCGAGAUGAAGCUUUUGGACCAUCUGGGCCUGCGCAUGGAAGAGCUACAGCACCUGCAACACGAGAUGCCCGUGCCUCCGGGCACGGAGGUUACUGAGGAGAUCAAGGCUGAAUAUUGCCCGUGGUGGUACAUGCCAGGAGUGCACAAAGGUGCAACUGACGGCUUUGCCACAUUCAGGAUGAUUCGUGAGAUGCAGUGCGGGCCGGCAAGGCAGAGAUAA